CGCAAAGCUUCAAACCACCUUAAAACGUUCGGCAUCAGCAACCCAAACGACACGAGCAAAGACACCAGUUAGCAUUCAGAAAUGGCGAGCAUACUGUGCUUAAGCCGUCUCCUCCUCUCGAAAGGCGCCGUCAACAUCCUCGCGCUGCUGCUGCUGAUGCUGCGGGUCAGCCAUGCGCGCCUGUGCCCGCCGUGCGGCUCGACGAUGGUGCCGUACCCGCUCAGUACGGCAGACGGCUGCGGCGACCCGACGUACAAGGUCCGAUGCGCAGCCAACUCGUCCACGCUCUUCUUCGACGCGCUCAACGGCACCUCGUACCCGAUCACCUCCAUCUCCCCGGCGGCGCAGCGCCUCGUGGUGUCACCGGCGCCGUUCGUGCCUCGAGGCGCCUGCGUCUCGCAGGGCGCGCCGGUCGCAAGGGGAGUUCAGCUGAAUUCGUCGCUGCCGUUCAACGUGAGCUCGUCGAAUACCAUCAUGCUGCUCAAUUGCACUGCGGCGCUCCUGCAGUCGCCGCUCAACUGCUCGUCUAACUCGCUCUGCCACGUCUACGCCAACGCUACGGGCUCCACGGCGUCGGUCUGCGCGCCGCUGCCGCUCUGUUGCACGUUCGUGGCGGGAGGCUCGUCGACGUCUUACAGCAUCAGGGUGUCGCCGCAGUUCUGCAGCGCGUACCGGAGCUUCGUGGAGCUCGACCCGGCGCAGCCGCCGGCGACUUGGGGUCGUCGGCUCGGGCUGGAGCUGCAGUGGGCGACUCCCAGGGAGCCGCUCUGCCGCACGCAGGCCGACUGCGAGGACGACACCAACACCACCUGUGCCGAUGACCCGCUCGCGCCCUCCGGUGCCAGCGCGGUCCGGCGCUGCUUCUGCGUAUCCGGGCUCACGUGGAACCCCCUCGCCGGCGCAUGCCAGCAGAAUCUCUCGGAUUGCCAGAGCACACGGGACUGUGGGGGAUCCAACCACACGCCGGUAAUUGCAGGGCUCGUGUGCGGCCUUGGCGGCGCGCUGCUGCUUGCAGCUGCGGGGCUGUUGGCCUACCGGCGGCAGCGGCGCAUCCGGCUCGCCCGGGAGAGGCUUGCCAAGGAGCGCGAGGAGAUCCUGAACGCCAACAACUCGAGCGGCCGCACAGCCAAAAACUUCUCCGGCCGCGAGCUCAAGCGCGCCACGGCCAACUUCUCCCGCGACAACCUCCUCGGCGUCGGCGGCUACGGCGAGGUCUACAAGGGUGUACUCGCUGACGGCACUGUCGUCGCCGUCAAGUGCGCCAAGCUCGGGAAUACCAAGUCCACGGACCAGGUCCUGAACGAGGUGCGCGUGCUGUCGCAGGUGAACCACCGUAGCCUCGUGCGUCUGCUCGGUUGCUGCGUCGACCUCGAGCAGCCGCUCAUGGUGUACGAGUUCAUCUCCAACGGCACGCUCGCCGACCACUUGUACGGCGCCAUGAGCUGCCAGCCGCUCCCGUGGCGCCAGCGCCUGGCCAUCGCACACCAGACGGCGGAGGGCAUCGCGUACUUGCACUUCUCGGCCGUGCCACCGAUCUACCACCGCGACAUCAAGUCGAGCAACAUCCUACUCGAUGAGCGGCUCGACGGCAAGGUCUCUGACUUCGGGUUGUCCCGACUGGCAGAACCAGGGCUUAGCCACGUCUCGACGUGCGCGCAGGGGACGCUGGGGUACCUGGACCCCGAGUACUACCGCAACUACCAGCUCACGGACAAGAGCGACGUGUACAGCUUCGGCGUCGUGCUGCUUGAGCUGCUCACGUCGGAGCGCGCCAUCGACUUUGGCCGUGGAGCCGACGAUGUCAACCUCGCCGUGCACGUGCAGCGGGCGGCGGACGAGGAGCGGCUUAUGGAUGUCGUUGAUCCAGCGAUGAAGGAGGGCGCGACGCAGCUGAAGCUCGACACCAUGAAGGCGCUCGGGUUACUGGCGCUUGGAUGCCUGGAAGAGCGCCGGCAAAACCGACCGUCCAUGAAGGAGGUUGCAGAGGAGAUCGAGUACAUCAUCAACAUCGAGGCUGGCGGCCAUGCCAUCGAGCAGCAGCGCAGCGCAUGAUCGAUAGCUGACUAUGGCUGGCGAGUCAAAAAUGAAAACACGCGGUGUUUUAUAUAGGUUUGGGUCACUCGAAGUAUAAUAAUCCUACAUCAUGUUUAUCUUAUAUUGAUCUGAGUCUAUUAUAAGAGGGUAUGUAGCUAGUCUAGUUAGAUCUAAAUUUAGUUGGCGACUUCUUUGCUCGGCAUCGGCUUUAUCGAAUGGUUUGGGCGACUUCUUCGA